AUGGAUAGUUUGCACCACAGCCCAUCAUCUUCGCCAUCUUCUCCAGGAGCUGACGAUACAAUUUGCUUAGAUACCUCAAUUGCCAACUCCUCCUCGCCUAUCAAACCUUCGCCCAGCAUGAAUGCAACAGUACAAGCACUGGUACAGGCCAACAGAACCAUAUACGACAUGGCAAAUACCAUGGCAAAUACUAUGCCAAAUAUUGAUUACUAUCAGUUGGACUUGGGGGCAUUUGAGCAACAACAACUACAACAGCAGCAACAACAGCAACAGCAACAACAAUUACAACAAUUGCAAACUCAGAUACAAUUGCCGCCACAGUUUCAACACCAUCACGACCUCCACCCACAACAACAACAGCAACAUCAGCAGCAAUUGCAAUUGCAAUUGCAGGUGCAAUUGGACCAAAGCCAACACCAGUUGUCGACUUUAGAUGACAUGAACAAAUCUCAAAAUCUCACCACUUUGUUAUCGACUUUACCUCGCCCGCCACCUAUAAAUAUGGAUCUACCGUCAAGAGCCUCAUCAAGGAUGUCGCAAAACACAGUUAACUUUCAAGGUCAAUAUUUGGAUUCCAGACAGGUAGCACUUGAUAACGAGCAAUACGAGGUAACAAAACCUUACUUUGAAGACUUUCAACAACAACCCUUGAGUCAAGAUUUGAGCCAGCUUUCAACCUUUCUGCAACCAGAGAGUUCUGGUCCCACACAACCUUCACAUGAUUCUUUGUCCUUUAGCAGAGAGGUUGCCAGAGAUGUAAAAGGAGAAGAAGGAGAGGAAGAGAAAAAAAGAGAAGAAAAAGUUAUAGAUGCACCAGCGGGAGAGGAAGAAGGAUCAUUCACACAGCCACAAAACUUUUACAACCUCAGCGCCGUUGAUCCCAAUAAUAGCUUUGUUUAUUCCGUUUCAAAUCAGUCUUUUGAAGGUUUUCACGAUGAAAGCCAGCAAUACGAUGAAGAAGCGUUCAAUGUAUUUCAAAUUGCAAAUGCAUCGAUGGAGUCUUUACCUGUCAAUAACCAGUUAAGAGGAGGUUUACACCAUCAAGAUUACCAACAUUACCAGCAUCACCACUACCACCCGCACCAUCUCAACCAGAGUUUCCAAUACCACGAGAAUGUGCCCAAUCACUACAUACUACAAGUUGAUGAGGCUUAUGUUCAAACUAAUUCACCACAUGCUCUGGGCUCCCUCGAAUUAACUCCCUCAGCCCAACGACAACUUUCCUUACCAAAUCAAGAUAGUUCAGGAAACUUUGAUAGAGGUGUUGAUGAUGAUAAAGAUGAAUUUAUACCAUUAUCGUCUUCAUCAUCUGCUAAUUUUCAUUCCAAUUUCAAUUCUACACCGGUGCCACGUAGUACCCCUUUACGUCACGGCUCUCUUCCAACAGAUACUCCAUCCAGUAACCAGAGACCUCCCUAUGCCAAACAUUCUACUUUACACUCAACUCCUACAUUGUUGUCGAGUCAGCACACGAAUCGAAUUGUCAAAAAGUCGUCCCUCUCAAGACUAAACACUUCUUCGAGGAAAAAUUUAAACAUGUUGCUGCAGUCAUUGAUAACACCAACAGAAUCAACAACUUCUUCUCCCUUGUCUAAUGCAGCGUUUAAUCGAUCAUUGCAAAAUCUAGCCACAAACCCACCUACAUAUUUGCAACAACCACAAUCAUCUGCCCCUUCUUCCGCUUCUUCUUCUUCAGCACCAGCAUCAGCAUCAAUAGCUGUACCAAUACCUGCAUCAAUACCUGCUUCUCUAUCCGCACCGGCAUCUGCAAUUCAACUUCAGCAUCCGCAACUUCCACACGCAGAAGGUCAGCAUCCCCAAACACCUCUUCAGCUUCAGUCAGCAAGAAUACCUUCGGAUUCGUCAAACUCAUCAUCCACAUUUUCCCGAGGCUUACCUGUGACAAACAUAUAUCGCCACAAUGAGUCUGACGGUUCUUCGAACUCGUCUUUUUACUCAGAGCCUUCAUUGUUGGCACGUAAGAAUGAGGCAAAGAAUAAGGAUUUGGGUACAAGAAAUUUGAGAGCAAGAAAAUCGAAAGCAAAUUUGAAAAGUGCAAAGGAGGGCGUGAAAAAGGAGGUAAAGAAUGUGCAAGCAUCUUCAAAAACUGAACGUGCUUCGAAAAAAGCCGGUGCAAGUAAAGACAGAUUAGCUAAUGGCAACGUAAUUGAUAAAAACGUCAAAGGUGAGAGAAAUGAAAAGGAAAAAAAUAACGAGGAGGAGGAGCGGGAGGGGGAGCCGGAGGAGGAGAGGGCGGUGGUGGAUGUUGUAGUAGAUGCUCAGGAAAACUAUUACGAGUCCUUUGAUGAUGAUCCCGAGUAUACCACCACUUUUCAUCAGUCUUUGGACAGGAACCUGUCGAUUCUUUAUGACAAAGCGCAGCGCGCAUCACAAGAAGGUAACGAUAGACCCAAGAAAUUUACUCGUAGAAGGUUACUACCUCGUUCCAAGAAGGGGUGUUGGAUUUGUCGAAUCAAACACUUGAAGUGCAACGAAGUCACACCCUCGUGCGGUGCCUGUGAUAGAUUUGGCAUCACUUGUGAUUAUAGUGACACUAAGCCGGAGUAUGUAACUAAUCCAGUGUUGAGAGAAGAGAAAUUGAAGGAGUUGGCAAUGAUAAGGAAGAAUUUUCAAGCGCAAACCAGAGUUCCCAAAGGAAGAAAAAAAGCAAAUUAA